AUGGGAUCAAAUGUCGCAGUCUCACCUUAUUUUCUUGGACUUGAUAGUGCGUCAGUGGUAGCCUGGACGGAUGACGGGAAACACGGAGGGCGGGAGGUUAGUGGAGGCGAGAAGAGGAAGGAGCGCGAUGAGGGGAAGGAGCGCGAUGAGGGGAAGGAGCGCGAUGAGGGGAAGGACCACGAUGAGGGGAAGGAGCGCGAUGAGGGGAAGGAGCGCGAUGAGGGGAAGGAGCGCGAUGAGGGGAAGGAGCGCGAUGAGGGGAAGAUGGACGCAAACGUCACGCAUCUCUCAGCUUCUCAAAUCGCUCAUCCUCUCUGCUCUCCCCUCAUCCUCCCCACUCUCCCCUCAUCUUCCUCGCUUUCCCCUCAUUCCCCCGCUCUUCCCUCUUCUCCCCGCGCUCCCCUCAUCUCCUCGCUCUCCCCUGCUCUCCCCUCAUCCUCCCCACUCCCCCCUCAACUUCCUCGCUUUCCCCUCAUUCCCCCGCUCUUCCCUCUUCUCCCCGCGCUCCCCUCGUCUCCCCGCUCUCCCCCGCUCUCCCCUCAUCUUCCCUGCGCUCCUGUCAUUCCCCCCUUUCUCCCUUCAUCCAACCAGCCCCCCCUUCAUAUCACUGCCGCGCUCUAUUGUUUUCUUCCUUCACGCGCACCCUCAUCUCCCCUUGUCUCACUCCGUCCCCCCUCUCUCCCCAUCCUCCUCCGUUCCCCGCUUUCAGACUCAUCCCUCAUCCCCUUCCCCCUCCCAUACCUCAACUUCCCCCCUGGUGAUGCAUCGUCUCCCCCCACCCCUCCUCCUUCCCCCCCUCCCCAUCCACCCUUCAACUCCCUCCCCUCUCCUACCACCGCCCCCUCAUUUCCCUCAUCUCUCACACCCCCCUUCACUCUUCCACAACCCAGCCACUCAAGUGGGUGA